CGUCUGGCUGAUGGGUGGUCCUUUUUCUUUUCUUCAACAAGGCCGGUGCACAUACAGAGCUUGUUUUGUUGUUUUUCUUUCUGUCUUUCUUCCUUUUUUUGUGUGUGUGUUUGCUGGAGGCUGGAGACCAGAUGACAGCAAAUUGAUCCGACCAGUCACAGACAGAGAUGUGUGAGUCCAGUCUGAGUGAUUCAGGCCUCUGAGUGUCACGUUUUCUCUCGGCCCUCCUGAAGCGUGGUUUUCCAAAUACUACAUUUGUACGCAGGAACCUUCCCUGUUCUCCUUCCCUCGACACACACUUAUUAUUAAGUCUCAAAUGUCGUUCGUGACACAGAAUGUAAACGCCCUUAUCACAAAACGCUCGGCUGUGUCUGAUUAAAGGAAGAAAAAAAAAGAAAGAAGAAGAGGCAAAGCCUUUAUCAAAAAGAGGAAGUGCUACCUUCUUCUCUACCACAUCCUCUCAUUUCUACUUAUCUUCCUUUUCGACCCUGUGACAUGUUAUUUUCUUUUAAAGGAGCGGAUUGAAAUCGAGUGCAGUCAGACCUUUUUUGUGUUCACAGAAUUCACAAGAGCCUCUAUUCAAAUUGAAUGCAACCCUCCACUUAUAUCACUGUUUUGACAGUUUUUGGAGUUGACAUCAUUUAAGGAACUCAAUUCAGCAGAGGUCAUCUGAUUCUGUCGAGCCGUGCUGGGAGUAGCUGAAGGUUUUUGUCAGCAGGCCAACAGUAGUCACCUUGAGGAGGAGCUAUGGAGCCUGAAUGCUUUGAGAAAUACAAAGAGGAAGACACCUUGGACAUUGAAUCCUUCCAGGGAGACAAAACAAAGGUCAUUCAGCCAACGUCUUUAAGAGACCCCGACCUAGAAAAGCUGAAGGAGACAUUGGUUGAUUGGAUCAAUAGCACUUUGAAAACAGAGCACAUAGUGGUGAAGAAUCUGCAAGAGGAUCUGUUCGAUGGGCUGGUGCUUCAUCACCUGCUGUCAAGGUUGGCUGGCGUACACUUGUCUGUGGAGGAAAUAGCACUGUCAAAAAAAGCUCAGAUCCGCAAGCUGGAAAUUAUCAUGGAGGAGUUGGACAAGAGACUGGGCCUGCAGGACAGCAGCCGGAUCAAGUGGAACAUCAAACUCAUCCACAACAAAGACCUUCUGGCCACUAUUCAUCUGCUGGUUGCCAUGGUGAAAUGUUUCCAGCCUGAUCUGGAUUUGCCGGCAAAUGUGAAGGUUAAAGUUGUAGUUGUGGAAGUCAACAAAGGUGGAAUCAAAUCAGAUGAACAGAUAGAAGUCCUGACAGAGGAAAGCAACACAGGCUCAGAGUCCCUCAGCAAUACUGAAAGGGAAGAUCCCAUCGAGCAACUGCUGAAGCUUGAGGAUCACAAGGUCAACACGGUGAAGAAGGCCAUCUUACACUUUGUCAACAAGAAUAUGUCGACCUUGGGUCUGCAGGUGGAUGAUAUGGACAAACAGUUUGCUGAUGGUGUGAUUCUGCUGCUGCUGAUUGGACAGCUGGAAGGCUUCUUUGUGCCGCUCGGUGACUUCUACCUGACCCCUGUCAAUCCAUCAGAGAUGCUUCAAAAUGUGACCUUGGCCUUGGACCUUCUUAAUGAUAUAGGCCUGCAGUUGUCCAGUGUUGACCCACAAGAUAUCGUCUCUCAGGACAUCACUGCCACCUUUAAGAUCCUGUACACCCUGUUCAGGAAGCACAAAGGGAUAUGAGAGAGGACAGACACGAGAAGAGGAGAUCAAUAACAGGACAUACAAGUAAAGUGGAAUGUUUGGCCAGCCUUGGAUGCCUGCUGUCUCCAAACUUUUGCAAAUGCUGUAUAUCUAAUUAUAUGUUGACUGGUUUUUAGACAUUCGGCUAAUGCUCUCUUCUGAGCUGACUUUAAGAAUAAUUCUGGUUCAAUAUAACCUUGGUCUUAUUUUUAUAGUUUUCCAGUAUGUUGGAAGAACAACCCCCCUGAUAAUGAACAUAUAUGAAUGUUAGACCCAACAGUACCAAAAACGUAGCACAUAGGGGGAGGUUGGGGUGGUGGAUGGAACUGCAACAACUAACUGCAUUGGCAUGAGGCUAUCAACAGAGCAGUAAUUAGAAGUGUCAAGUUAUAAUGGCUGCCAUUUAUACCUGUAUGAAUAUGAUUGGAUGUUACUAGUCAGCUGGUAGCCAAGCAGCAGAUGAAUGAGCCACUAAUAAUAAGUUAUCUGCCCAAACUAAUGCUACUACAUUAAUGAUAACAUUAAUCAAGACUGUGUCUACUGCUAGCUUAGUAGUUAGUGUGAUGUGAAUGUUUGGAUCACCAAAGUCAGAGGGGUUAAUCUUUUGGGGACUGUGAAUGUACAAAAUUUAAUGGCAAUCCAUCCAGUAGUUGUUGAGAUAUUUCAGUCUGGACCAAAGUGGUGGACCGAACGACUGACAUCACCAUCCCCAGUGAGUCAUGUUGCUAGCAUGGCUAAAAACAUCCAGUGGGACAAGAAACACAGGCAGUCAUACAUGAUUUAAACAUACCCCUGGGCUAGCCAAAGGAGAAAAUGAAGGUAGCAGUAUAAUGAUUUCCAAAACUGUUCACUGUAAGAAUCUGUCACAGUUUACAGACCAGCUACCUGGUUAAACUUUGACUUAUACUGUAUGUUGUGGUUGUGUACUCCCAUAGUUUUCUUGUGCAAUGAGGAGUUACAUGUAUUACUCACAAUUCAGGUGUCCACACUUUAGAUUUUACCUGCAAAUAAAGUGGUUUAGAUCAUUUAACUAAACAGUUGGCUUGUUUACAACUUGUCUGACUGCUUGGGGUUUUUUGCCUCGUCUGACUUUGACUUUGUAGCAAUCAGAUCUCAACAUCUACUUUGUUGUUAGAGCAUAAUCAUAAGUGAUAGAAAUCACUGCCAAAACCAGAAAAAAUAAGACCCAAGCUGUGAUGAACUGGAAUUACUAAAAAGCUUUAAAAUAAGUGGAAGAAAAUAAGCUUCAGUAGCUUUAACUGCUCAUUCAAUAGCAACAUUUUUAAAAUGUAUUUAAAAUGAAUUGUUGAUGCUACUAUCUGAUGACAUUGUUGGCAGUAUAAGGACAACUAAAUGUAAAAGUAAGCACAGAUAAUAUAUUGUCUAUUCUUUUUUUCAUAUUUUUACGUUCACAUUCAGUCAAAUAAACCUGGUGUGGAUGUCA